GGAGGCCUGAGGGAAGCACAGAUGACCAUGAGAAUUUGGUUGCUGCUGACUACAUGGGCAAAAGUUCAAGAUUUUUAAGUGGACCUUAAGCGGAUGCUCCCCAGACCAUCUCAACAUAAGUAGAAAACAUGAGUCUUCAAAAUGAUGAGGCAACAUCUACAUCCAUAUUUGCCUGGAAUUAUCUUCUGUGGGAAGUUCGUUUGGCCCUAGUGGCCUUUGGCUUCUUUUUCUACUUGGGGAUAUUUUGCUUUUCACAUUUUUGGUCUUCCUGGUUGAGCAGAACUUACCGCUCCUUGUCGGCGAAGGAGAAAGUCUUUUGGAACCUGGCUGCUACACGAGGCGUGUUCGGCAUCCAGAGCUGCGUGGCUGGCUUCUGGGCCUUACUCCUAGACCCAGUUUUUCACGCUGACAAGGUUUAUUCCCAGCAGGACUGGAGUUGGUUCAGUUGCCUCAUAGCCUCCGGCUUCUUCCUGCUGGAAAAUGUAGCCGUUCACGUCUCUAAUUUUGUCUUUAAAACUUUUGAUUCGUUUGUAGUUGCUCACCAUUUUUUGGCCUUUGGUGGUUUUUUGGGUCUGAUAAUCAACAUAAAAUCUGGACAUUACAUACCUUUGAUGGGGAUGCUACUUGAGAUGAGUACACCUUUCACUUGCAUAUCUUGGAUACUUCUAAAGGCUGGCCGGGCUAAUACUUUCCUUUGGAAGGCAAGUCAAUGGAUAAUGAUCCACAUGUUUCACUGCCGCAUGAUGCUUACCUACCAUAUGUGGGUGUGUCUUUCCAAUUGGAAUGCUGUGAUGGAAAAUCUGGGACUCUUAUAUUUUACUGUUUUAUUAACAGGAUUGAGCGCUGUUACCUUCAUACUUAAUCCCUACUGGACAUACAAAAAGACUCUUCAACUUUCUUCUCCUGCGGACUGGAAUUUUAGUGGUACAGCAAUGAAAAAUGGUUCAUCUGUGAAAGUAAACGGAGAAGCAUUCCAGAAGAAAGGGCUCUGAAACUGACUUGGAUCUCUACGGGUAGCCGUAAAAUCUGGUCAGAAAUAAAUAAGAUAGACAGCUGGGAAUAUGAAGCUGUGUCUUAUCAAGGGAUCUAAAUUACUAGUUUCUAGUGAUGUUACCUAAUUGGGAAUAUUAUUAAUCUCAUUUAAUAAAUGUUGCAGGUGUGUCCUAAAUGUCGGGCAUUCUUAGUCACAUUGGGAAUAUUCUAUAAACCAGCAAAGUGCAGGAAACAAACUGCCUCGUCUGUCCAUCUUUACCUGCAUUGCUGCUUCCAGGACUUGCUAUUUUGAGCGUGUCAGCUCUAGGACAGAUUUCAGUCUAGAAAGGAUUCUGGGUCUUGUCUCAAAGAAUGUCCAGUACGGGGAGUUUCUUUCCCAUGGGAUUGAUCAAUCUAAAAUUGCACUUAUUCCUUUUCAUUUAUAUAUGAAUCAGUUUCUAUGUAAAGUUUGCUACCUUAUCUAAUGAACGCCAAAUACCAAUCCAGUUUAGUAUCUCAUAUGAGAAGGGAGGGGUAACAUUACAUUUUCCCCCAGAAAAGCACCAAAAUGUUUAGCACCAAUGCUAGAACAUUAUGAAAUAUAGUUUAAAUUUGAAGAGUAAUUGGACAUGGAAAAUAUGGUCAUAACUUGGGUUUAACAUUUUUGAAAAAACGUUUCUUUGACAUGCAAUAUUACAUAGUGGCUAGUAGAAAAGCCUGUAUACCUUAAAGAUAAUAAUCCAAUAAGUAACACAUUCAAUUUUUGAUAUGGCACUUAGGAAAGCUGCUGUUUUCAGUUUCAUUAGGAGAGAUUGAAGGUGAUGAGCUCCCAGCUUUUUGCAUCCCACCUUUUAGACGGAAAAUUAUAAAAUUCUAUUACAUUCUGUUCUAUCUGUUAAUCCCAGGCCCUAAAAUCCAAAAAUCAACGUAUAAAUCUUAAAAUGUAUUUAUUCCACUACAUUACUGUAUAACAAUUGCUGAAACUAAACCUUAACCUAAUACUGUAUUUCAAUGGAAAGCUGUUGAACACUGCCAUCUAAUGGCAGCUGUGACAUACAAGUACCCAUCUUAUUUUAAACAAACAUGCUAUAAAAUUAUCUGGAAUAUACAACUACUCUAAAAGAUAAAGCAUUGAGUUUGGUAAUAUCUUUUAGUAUAGGUAAUAUAGAAGCAUGAUAACCUGAGAUUAAUGCUGUUAUAUUCAAGCUCAGUAUGGAAAUAUGUAAAUGAAAUAGUUUGAAAUAUAUCUUUCUCUUCCCACCCUAGUAAAAUUAGUGAAAGGCAAGCGGUAAGACUGCACAAAACGUUGAAGUCUAAAGUUUUUUUUCCAAUUUCUAUCUUUUCCCUGUUUAGGAAACAGUAUUACAUUUGUGAAAGUUACAUACCAGAAGUAUUAACCAUUUACUCUAGUCAUUAUUUGGAAAGAAUAACAGUUCGAGAGGCAAAUUUUUGCAUAAUCUAAAUGCAUGUAUAGAAACCUGGCUUGAAUCUGUGCAGUUAAUUUAUCAAUCAAAUCUUAAUGACCAGCAUAAUAAUUAAUCUAAGUUAAGGUAGUUAUCUUAAUCAUCUUCGAUACUCUUCAUUCUUGAUAUUUUGAAUUAUGCCAUAUUUCUGGCUAAAAUGUUAUUGGGAAUGAUGCAACUAAUGUAUUUUUCUUGACUAACUUACAUUUUCUGAGUAGUAGCCACAAUAUGGGAUGAAAAAUUGAAAAUUUGCAUUCUGAAGAUGGUUGUACCAUGUUUACAGUCUUCUGUCAAAAACAGACCCCCCCAAAAAAAGGCUAAAUGUCAUUAAUACAGAUGGGAUUGGGAUCAAAAUCCAAUCAGGGUCAUUUUAGAAUGAUUAGAAUGUUCUCAUUGAUACAUCAUCAACCUGCCCAUUGUUAUUUUCUCUGAAAAAAAUCACAGAAAAAAUCUGUUUAAUUGCAUUUUCCCUGGGCUCUAAGCAAAAUGACUGGUCUUCCCCGUCAUAAUGAUUAGCAUUUCUCUAAUGAACGAAGUGUAAAUUUUUGUUUGCAAUCCUUCAAUUGCAGUUUAUUUUGUGACCAAGACACUGGAUCUCUUUCUAGAUAGCAGAAGUUUACCAGUUUGCUUGUUUUUAAUCAAGUAGCAAAGUAGUUGCAGUUUGCACAACAAAAACUUUUAUUAAAACAUUUGCACCUUGCAAAAAUGGAAGCAAUCAAAUGGUAGAUUGCCUAUUGGUCACCGAAAAAGUUACAUACAUGUAGUAUAUAUAUUUCCUAUGUUUCUGUGGGUGAGAAAUUGCACUGUGUAUGGAAUAACGUCUAAUGCUUGAUCUAUAAUCAGGAGUAGUUAGUAAACAAUUUCAGAUAUAUUUGAUGUACAACCCAUAACUUAGUUGCACGUGCAGUAGCCACUGUUUGUUUUUUAAAUGAGUUUAAUUUUUCUAGUUCACUUGCUAAUAUAUCGGUAGCUUUUUUAUUUAUCUCAGUUGCCUACAAUAAUUCAGAGUUCAGUCUAUAUUUUCCCCUGGCCAAAUCAGUACUGUGAUUUAGAUGGGAAUGCUGCUGCUAAUGAUUAUUUUGAUUAGAAUUCCUCUCACUCCUGAAUAUAUGUCAUUUCUGUUCUGUUCCAAAAGAAGUCAGGCCACACCUCCAUUCAAUUUGAUUUACUUUUUUUAUUCCUUAUGCAUAUGUAAGAUGUAUGUGUAACGUUUUAUCCUGCUGUCAUAUUCGGUGUUUGGUGGCAGCCUUAGUGCCACCACAGGCACCACACCAAGAAAUGGAUGGGUAGAACUUAUGCAGUCAUGCAUUACUACAGAAUGCUGUGAUUGCAGGUUAUGCGUCCUGACUUAAAAUGUAAAAGAGCUCUGUUAAAUGGUUCUUUGCUUAGCACCAAAAGAAAAAGUAGGUCCAAAUAAUAGAAAUGGGAAUUUUCCUGGGCAGACGGUCAAAUUUGCAACAGAAAUAAGACUUUUUUUCUCUCUUACGAGUAUUUUUAAAAAGUAGAUUGUUGGGAUACAGUACACUUUUCAAAAAAUGUAGAAUAGCUGAGUAGAGUAUUUUUUAAAGAUGAAUAGUGGGUGUUGGGCACCUGUAGUAGUCUAAUAAUGAAACCACGUGUUUAGGUAGAAUUUCAUUUUUAUUCAAAUGUGAGAGCUGAACUAGAUAGAUGAGAGUUUGGGUGUCUCAGCUACGCUUUGUUCUUAAUUGCAAGCUAGUUUAGGGUAUUUGCAUUUUGUAAAUAUUUCUUAGCAGCUCCAAGUUCUUUUUCAUGCAAGUGAUCUUUAAAAUAUGUUUCAGUUUGAAGAAAAGCCAACAUGUGCACUUUGUAAUGAAGAAAAGUAGGAGGGGGGGGGAGAAUUAAGCACCUUUCUCUUUCCUACUUGCCCUAUGAGGUAUUACAAAAAGUGGUUUACGACUUUCCUACUUAAAUAAUGCUGAUAAAGUUGAACCUGAGAUAGUUAUUUGUACUCUUUGCUAUUGAGUUCUCUUUAUUCUCCCCUAUGUCCCCUUGCGGUCAACAACCAAAAAUUAUGUGUUUUAUAUUGAUUACCAUCCCCAGUUAUGUAUUAUCUGCUAAUGGAGGAUAGCUACUUCCUAAAAAUAAGGACUUUAUUUUUAAAAGUAUUUUAUGCAGCAAAUAUAUUUGCUAUAUUGUUUUUUCUUGCUCUUUAGUAAUUACUAAUAAAUGUAAUCCUUUCUUUCCUUUUUAAAAUUGAUUAUUUAAUAAGCUUCACAAUUUUUUGCUUGCAGUUAAAAUAAUGGGCAGUGAAAUGUGCUUUUUUGUCAGUAAAAAAAAUCUUUUCUAACAUUUUUAGUUUAAUCAUUUUCCCCCCCUAAUAUAUUGAAAUGCAAUUACCGGUACCCAGAAGUUUAUCUAGGUUCAUUUUCUGUCACAGAAAGCCACUCAGAUACUUCUAGAUAUCUGUGUGUGGAAUAAAAAAAGGCAUGGACUUCGUGGUGUUACUUGGAGGUGUUGAUUGUGUAAUUCAGUAUUCCCAAAUAUUAUAAUAGCUGUGAAGUUUGGAAAUAAGUGUAUCUGGAGGACACCAUGAUGGGAAAGUCUAUUAUAUUCAAUCUGAAACAGCAUAAAUCAGUACUUAGCCAUUAACGGUCUUGUCCUCGGUGAUUUUAAAAAUGCCUAAGCCAGGAGCAACUCUGCCUUUUUGUAAGAAACUAUAUUUUUUUGGUCUAUUCUGAACUAGUUCCAGAUGAUUUCAUAUCACCUGAAGUCUAGGGAGCUGUUUGUUGUUAUUGUGCUUAAUAAAUAUUUAUCAUAUCUCC